UCCUCAGCCUCGUCGCGGGGCUCCGUGAGCGGCGGCGGCGGCCGCAUGGGCUCCUGAGCGGCCCCGCACGGUUCUCCCCCCCCCCCAUCCCGGGGGCGGGAGAUGCCGCUGUCGGGUUGAGGGGACCCCCCCCCCCCCUCAGUCCGGGCCAUGGCCGCCAACGCCAACGCCAACCUGGCGCUGGCCGUCUUCCUCGUGUCCUGCUCCUCAGGUGCCAUCCUGGGCAGAUCAGAAACCCAAGAGUGCAUCUUCUACAAUGCUAACUGGGAGAAAGAUAAAACCAAUCACAGUGGCCUGGAGCCGUGCUACGGUGAUAAAGAUAAAAGGCGACACUGUUUUGCCACCUGGAAGAACAUCUCUGGUUCAAUUGAAAAAGUGAAGCAGGGUUGUUGGCUGGAUGACGUCAACUGCUAUGACAGAACCGACUGCGUAGAAAAAAAGGACAGCCCUGAAGUGUUUUUCUGCUGCUGCGAAGGCAACAUGUGUAACGAAAGGUUCUUCUAUUUUCCAGAAAUGGAGGUCACACAACCAACUUCCAAUCCGGUCCCCCCCAAGCCCGCCCUGUUCAGUACCUUGCUUUACGCGCUGGUGCCCCUGAUGGGAAUCGCUGUGGCUAUCCUCUUUGCGUUUUGGAUCUAUAGGCAUCACAAGCUGGCCUAUCCUCCGGUGCUUGUCCCCACCCAGGAUCCAGGACCACCUCCUCCUUCCCCUCUGCUGGGUUUGAAGCCGCUGCAGCUGCUCGAGAUCAAGGCCCGGGGACGAUUCGGUUGUGUCUGGAAAGCGCAGCUGCUUAAUGAAUACGUAGCAGUCAAAAUCUUUCCCAUCCAGGACAAACAGUCGUGGCAGAACGAGUACGAGGUCUACAGCUUGCCCGGGAUGAAACACGAGAACAUCUUGCAGUUUAUCGGUGCCGAGAAAAGGGGCACCAGCAUCGACGUGGAUCUGUGGCUGAUCACGGCCUUUCACGAAAAGGGUUCGCUGACCGAUUUCCUCAAAGCGAACGUGGUCUCCUGGAGUGAACUGUGUCACAUUGCAGAAACGAUGGCCCGAGGCCUGGCGUACCUUCACGAGGACAUACCGGGCCUCAAAGAGGGACACAAACCUGCCAUAUCCCACCGGGAUAUCAAAAGUAAAAACGUGCUGCUGAAAAACAACCUGACAGCCUGCAUUGCCGACUUCGGGCUGGCGCUCAAGUUCGAGGCUGGAAAAUCCGCGGGCGACACCCACGGCCAGGUGGGGACGCGCCGCUACAUGGCCCCGGAGGUGCUGGAGGGCGCCAUCAACUUCCAGAGGGACGCCUUUCUGCGGAUAGACAUGUACGCCACGGGGCUGGUGCUCUGGGAGCUGGCCUCCCGCUGCACCGCCGCAGACGGCCCCGUGGACGAGUACAUGCUGCCCUUCGAGGAGGAGAUCGGCCAGCACCCGUCCCUGGAAGACAUGCAGGAGGUGGUGGUGCACAAAAAGAAGCGGCCCGUUCUGAGGGAGUGCUGGCAGAAACACGCCGGGAUGGCCAUGCUCUGUGAGACCAUAGAGGAGUGCUGGGAUCACGACGCAGAAGCCCGCCUGUCGGCCGGCUGCGUGGAAGAGCGGAUCGGCCAGAUGCAGAGACUCACAAGUAUUAUCACCACAGAGGACAUUGUGACAGUGGUCACCAUGGUGACAAACGUUGACUUUCCUCCCAAAGAGUCCAGCCUAUGAUAGGUGCGGCGGUCACCCCGCCUCCCCGCCCCUUUCCUCCUCCUCCUCCCUCUCCUCCUCCUCCUCCUCCUCCCGCCCGGCCCCGAGCAACGGACUCCGAGCCGCCGGAUUUCCGGGGACCCCGCGAGGAGCCAGCGGACUUUCGGGAAGGACGGUAAGGCGGCCGUCUUGGCUGCGGCCCGGGUCCCGCGGAGAAGCGGCAGGCUCGAAGGGGACGGACGGCGAGGGAGAGGCGCGCGAAGGAGCCCGCGGCGCCGGGACAGAGCGAGGGUUGCGGAACCGACGUCGGGUUUCUUAAAACGUCCGUCCGGAGAGACUGAUUCCUUAAAUGAACUACUGCUAUUUUUUUUAAAUCGGGGAAAAAAAAAAAAAGAAAAAAAGAGAAAAGAAAGACCCACCGGAGUUUCGUUUCAGAUUUCAGAAAAAGGGUAACUUGUUUUUAUUGCAUUUGCUGUUGUGUUUCUAUAAAUGACUCUUGUAAUGCCAAUAUGCCACAGCUUGUGAAUGUUUAGUGUGCUGCUGUUCCGUGUACAUAAACAACAAGUAAUCAGAGUGGGAUACAUUUAAAAGAGGCUUCCAAGCAUUACUCUAACCUCCCUCAACAAGGUAUACCUCAGUUCCACGGUUGCUAAAUUAUAAGGUUGAAAACACUAACAGAUUUGAAUAAUAAACCGAUCCGUGUUUUUGUAAUGA